AAACCCCUGCCAAUCACAGGUUGCUAAAAAAACCCACCCCAGGUUACAAAAAUACUAGAAGCUCAGGUACAAAAAUACCAAAAACUCCCCCUACAAAAAACUAGGUUCCAAAAUACAACCCUAGGUGUAUUUUUGUUCAAAACCCAAACCAAAUUCCAAAAUACCAAAGAAAACCAGGUUUCAAAAUCACACAAAUUAAAAUACCAGAAUUUUAACAUAACCCAAGUCCCAAAAUACAAAAGUAACCCAAUUUCAGAAUACCAGAACAGCAAGUUCAGAAAUAUCAAAAUAUCACUUUCAAAACACUAGAAUACCAACUUCCAAAACAUCAAAAUAAUUCCAUUUUAAAUACCAGAAUAUCAAGUUCCAAAAUAUCAAAAUGACCCCAUUUCAAAAUAUCAAACUGAAAAAUACCAAUUUUCAGAUCGCUUAUGUGAUCCUGAUUCCCAAACCCAAAAGAAUGCAAUGUUGUCAAAAUGGAAUCUGCGCUACCAAAGUGCAGCCCGGGCUCCACCCCGCGCUCCUAUGGGCCGCAGCCUCACGGCUCCCAAGCCUGCCAAUCCCGGCCCGUCUUUCUCCGCCCUGUCCAAUCACAGCCGCCCUUUCAAUCCGGGCGCGGUCCCGCCAAUCACAGCCCGCUCAGUUGCGGCCCGGCCCCUCAGCCUCCCGUACGCCUCAGGCGUGCUCCCCCGUACGCCUGAGGCGCCUCUCCCGCCGCCGCCGCUUUGGGAGCCGGCGGAGCUGUGUCCGCGCUGCUACAGCCUCGGCAGGCGCUGAUGGGGCCGAGAAGGGCGGGCAGGAGCUUCCCGUUCAGGCCUGGCCGGGAUUUCUCCCAGGGAAACGGGCAGACGGCGGGGAGCGGGCGGACUCGGCCCCUGCAACGGCGGCGGCGCGAGCAGGUCUUGUGGGGGACUGCGGGGCGGGUUGCGGAGCCGCGCGCGGCGGGAAUGGGCGGGCUAGGAUUGGUGGGCCGGAGCUGCCUCGGGUUGUGAUUGGCUGGCUACCCGGCCCUGGGGGAUAAAUAGCGUGCGAGGGGGGCGGUACAGGCAUCAGUUUGGUGGUGACGCUGGUAGUGAAGGGAUCAGCGGAUGCGCGAUCCGUGUGGCUGCGCUGCGCCGCGCCAGGACGGGACCCCUGCGGCAGGUGUUCCGGGGAGCGCAGCCCCAAGCUGAAGUGAGAAGCAGAAGCAGCUUUUAGCUGCAGGCAGUAGGAAGCGGAGGAGCUGGAGCUGAAGCAGCAGAGCUGGAGGAGACAGAAAUAUGGUAGGGUUUGGGGUAAAACUGUGGGGCUGGGAUAGGGAACGUGGAGCUGGGAGGUGAACUCCAUGGUCGGAGCUGAAAUUAUUGUAAGGGCUGUGAUCUGAGCUCAAACCGUACAGAGAUAGAGCUAAAACAAAGAUCCUGCCCUGAGGAGCACAAAUAGCAUUAUAUGGCACUGAUGGGAAGAUGUUGAGGAGGAAGUAGAACAGAAGAGCUGGCAGUGAAAUAAAGCUUGUGGGACUGGAGCUGAAAUCGCUGGGGUCAGGGUGGGGGCUGCAGUGCUGCAGCAUCAGUCACUGCUCAAAGGGAUACUCGCGGUAGAUCUGGAGAGUAAUAAUAUAUUAGGACGCAAAAUGAAAAAGCUGGAAAUACAAUAACGUCUGCCAGAAUGGGGUGAGAAUGGUGUUUCUGGACCUGGAGGUAAAACCUCACAAAUGCAUCCAAAUCCAAAACUCAGUUGUCUCAACCCGGAACAGAGUUGCCUGGCGCAGCUGGAGAUAGAAGGAGAGAGCUGGCAGUGAAAUAAAGCUUGUGGGUCAACAGCUGAAAUCACUGGGUCUGGGAAAGGGGAACUGUGGGGUUGAGAUUGAGACUGCGCAGGGGAUGGAAAUUGUAGGUCUGACAUGGAGAAUGUAGGAUUUAUGUGCUAAGCUUAAUGUAUGCCUGUUAUAUCGAUGCUGGUGUUGGGUGUUGUAACUGAAAAUAGAAUAGGGUGUGUGGAACAGAAAAGGGGGCUACAACCUUGUGCCUAAAUACCCCAUCUAUGGCAGGAUACUACCUGCUGCCCUACUACGCCUCAAGAGAUCUAGCGGAAAUCACUGUGGGGCUGGGAAGGGGACUGCGGUGCUGUGACUUUGCAUGAAAAUGGAAAAGAACCUAUAAGGCUGACAAUGGAGCUCAUGGCAUUAAGGUGAAAAGAGGCAGGGUAUGUAACACUGCCUGGGGAUUCCUGGGCGAGAGAUGAAAUCAGGGCGUGUCUGGGAUCGGGGCUGAACACAGCGUAGGAGCCAUAGGGCUGGCACAGAAACCAUAGUCUUCUUGCACCAAAAUCACUGGGGGCCCAAGACGUAGUAAAAGCAGAAAUAGGUUGUGUGGAGAGGAAAAGGGGGUGCAACCUCUCACCUGAAAACCCCAUUGAUGCCAGGAUAUUGCCUGGGCCUGUGAUGGCACUUCCUGGGAUGGAGUCAAAAUCAUUCUGGGGCUGGGACUUGGACUGAAAAUAGAAAAGAUACUAGACCUGUGAAUGGGGCUGUGGCCAUCAAGGUGAACUUAUGCAGGGCCUGGCACAGUGUCUCAAGAUUGUUGGGUGGGACCUGAAAUCACGGGGGGGCUGGCAUAUUGAUGCCGGGGUGGGCUUAGAGACCCUCGGGCCGGAGCUCAAGUCUUGCAGAGCUGGAGCCAAAGCCAAGAUGCUGCCCUUUGAAGCUGGAGAAUCCUGCAUCUGCAGCUGGAAGAAGAGCGCUGGCAGUGAAAUAAAGCUUGUGGGUCAACAGCUGAAAGGGCUGAAAUCACUGGGUCUGGACUCAUCAUUGCCUAUCUGGCAUCGGGGCUGAACACGCCAUUGGAACCAUAGGGCUGGCACAAGGACCCUGGCGUUCUUCCACCGAAAUCACUGUCGGACCUUGCUGCGGUGAAAAUAAAAUAGGUUGUGUCAAGCGCAAAAGGGAGCUGCAGCCUUGCGCCAGAAAGCCGCGCUGAUGGUAGGAGAUUGCCAAGGUCUGUGAUGGCACCUCUAGGGAUCGAGCAGAAAUCACUGUGCAGCUGGAAAGUGGACUGCGGGGCUGAGACUCCGAAUGAAAAUGGAAAAAAACUUAUAAUGCUGAGAAUGGGGCUCUUGGCAUUGAGGCCAAAAGAGGCACAGUCUCUAACAGUGUCUCAAGAUUGUUGGGCGGGCUAUCAGGUAGAGAAGAGGUACACUAGUCCUCAUGCCUCCCCUAGCCCUUACCUUAAACACCACCUGAGCAGCUGAGAGGCAGGGGGGGCAUCUUGAACAGCAAAGCCGGGGCUCGAGGGUGGUAGGCAGAUACCAGGGGCCUGAAAUAGUAAAUGAGAGGCUGGGAACAAAGGAACCAAUGGCAGGUGGGCUUGACAGUGACAGAGAGGGACUUUAGUGGCGAACAUCUAAAGGGAUAGAGAGCACACAGCGAAUAUAAGGGAUACAGGUUAGGACAUAAGGUAGAGUACAGGUGUGCCAGCCCUCACCCCACCCCUAACCCAUACCCUGAACAGCACCUCCAAUGCAGGAAAGUGCCAGAACCCCCCACAGGUGCCCGCAGUAACUGCAAUGUUAAGCAGGGUGCAAUAGUGCAGGGUUAGGGUCCACAGGUAAUCCCCCCAGGGAUAACCAGGGAAUUCCCACCUCAGCCCACCCAGGAAUGCCCAUAGUCCACGACCAGGGAUGCUCACAGCCCUGACUGAGGCCGUGGUUAGUUGGUUCAGUGGCAAUACCAGGGCAAAGAGCUCAGCUCUGCAAGUGUCGGCCUCCGAGCGUGGCUGUAGCGUGCGGCCCAAGGAGCCGGGCGUUUAGGAGAAGGGUGAGGAGCAGACUUGUUGGGCUUUGGCCGCCGUGCAGCUAAGAUGGUGCAGUGAUGUUUGGUGUUCCUGAUUGUAGCUGACCAAGGGACCACGGCCAGUGACUGCGGGAAAUUCCCAGUGGGCAAGGUGGCCUUUCUUGGCUCCAGAUGUGGAUUCUCAUCCCCGGACGUCCAAGAGAUAAGUGGAGGGCUGUGACACACAGAGGGGAUGAAAGCGAGGUGCUGGGAGGGCUUUUUGAGCAGCAGCUUUGGUGGUGGGGAUGUGCAAGAGGUGGCCCCUUUAGGCCAGGUAAAGUCACACGGUGCUGAGGUGCUCAAAGGAUCAGUCACCAUGUGCCUUUGCAGGGGAAGCAUCAAUGGUGACUGUGUGUUUACAGCAUUGCUCUUUGCCUUUAUUUCUAGGAAGUAAAGCCGGAUAUGAGGAGCCAAGGUUUAGGCUUCUAUAGGGAGCCGCGCCGAGCUGAGCCGAACGGAGCGAGCGGCUCCGAGGUCAGCCGAAAGGAACCGAGCUCCGCCGAACGGAGAGAGCGGCUCCGAGUUCAGCCGAAAGCAACCGAGCUCCGCCGAACGGAGAGAGCGGCUCCGAGCCGAACUCCGCUGAAGAGUCGAAUGCAGCCGAAAGCAGCCGAUAAUAGCCGAGCUCCGCCGAGCGCAGAAUUUCGGGGCAGGGCGGGGGGCCGGGGCGGGCUCGGGACGGAGCCGGGGCGGGCUCGGGACGGAGCCGGGGCGGGCUCGGGACGGAGCCGGGGCGGGCUCGGGACGGAGCCGGGGCGGGCUCGGGACGGGGCCGGGGCGGGCUCGGGACGGAGCCGGCGCUCUGGGAGGAUUCCCCGCCUGCCCCUACCUCCCAGCCUUUCUCUUCCCCUCCCGCUUUCUUCCACAGCCCGACCUCCCUCCCUGCCCUUUCCCAUUCCCUGCCAUCCCUCCUCUCCUCCCGCCCCCCAUUUCCUUCUUUCCCCCGCAGCCGCGGGGCUCGGGGUGCCGGAGAAUAAAGCCCAGAGGGCAAUAAAAAUGGAGCCUAUGACGACAAAAGAAAUUGAGGAGAGGGAAGCAGCUCCUUUUCUUUUAUUGUCUGCGUUUGAACUGGGGGGGAUCUGCCUUCACUUGUGGUUUUAAGGGUGUCGAUUGAAGGAAAACCUGCCUUUUCCAGACUGUUAGGGGUAUCACAGGGGUGACAGGGAAUCCCUGCGUUCUAAUUUAAAUGGAAGGGUUGAAAAAUAUUGUAUAUAAAUAAAUAUAAAUAUAUGCGAUGAGUAUAA